GCAUUGUUCACAUAAAAAAGAUCACAAAAUUUCUCUCCUGUUUCGUAAUUUCUAGGGCUCUCUUUUUCACCAAUUUGAAUACUAUGAAUUGUAUAAACUGGAAAAUUUAGAAUUUUAUCAAGUUUAAAAUCGAAUUGGAUUAACUUUUGGCGCGUGAUUAGUGGUCAGAUGAGAUUUAUCCAAGUGGCCACAAUGAAGUUGUCAUCACCAAACUUUAAUUAAAAGUCUUUAAUGUUGGUUGGUCUGUUUUGUAUGACGAUGAAAAUAAAUCGUCUAAUGUUUUUGUACCUCUUGCGAUUUGAAAUUCUCAAAAUCACUUUGUUGACUAUUGAGCAAUGUGGAUAGACCUUUAGAUGGCUGGGAGGUCGACUCGUUUGAAAACACAGGUAACUGUGCAGCAGCGAGAAUCCCAGUGUAGAGCUAAGUGGACAACAUCUCUUACUAUAAUAUUGGUGGGGUUAAUGGUAGACGAAGUUCAAGGAGGGCAUAAACAAAACAAGUCUUUUAGCAAGAAAGGUUGGAAAUGUAUUUGUGAUGAGUUUCAUAAAAGAACCGGUCUUACAUGGGAGAGGGAACAAUUGAAGUAUCGAUAUGCUGCACUAAGAAAGCUUUUUGCUACUAUGAAAUUGCUACUUGAUCAUACUGAUUUCAAAUGGGAUGAAACUACAGGUCUAGUGACAGCAACAGAUGAUGCUUGGGAUCGGUACAUGAAGGAACAUCCAGAUGUGGAGACCAUAAGGAGCACAGGCUGCCCGUUUUACAAGGGACUGAGUGUGAUAUUUGCAGAUUCUGGAAGUAGAGGUACAGAUAAUGGAUCUACUAUGCACAAGGACCGUCUUCCCGGUUCAUCAUCUCAUCCUCAACCUCCUACACUGUCCCAGGAAGAGUUGUCAUAUUCAGAGUCUGAAGAAGGUCCUGAUUCCAAUGAGCAAGAAAUUGUUCAAUCUGUGAGCUCACCUACUAAUACUGGUCGAAAGAAAAGGCGUAAGGGGGUUGAUGGUGCUAUUGCAAGAGCUAUAUCAGAGAUGGCUGCUGCUUCAAGACUUAGAGCUUCUGCUGUUGAGAAGUGCAGUGACAAGUUCACCAUAACCGACUGUAUUAAAGCGUUGGAUAAAUUGGAAGGUGUCAAUGACCAAGUAUAUUAUGCUGCUUUGGAUCUCUUCAACAAUCAUGCAGCUAGGGAGAUUUUCUUAUCUCUCAACGUUGGGAAGCGGCUUACCUGGUUGACUGGCAAGUUGUCUGGUCCUCCCUAAUUUAAAAAAUAAGUCCUACUAAUCUUGUUACAUUCAAGUAAGCAACCAUCUCCUAUCUCAAGUAGUCAUUUAUUGGUUUUUACAGAGCUGGAGCUUCAUGUAUAGACCACAUUAUUUCUCCUUUUUAACAACUAGGGGUAAGAAUAUAUUUCAGAAUUUGGCAACUGUGAGAUUAAAUUUUGGCAGGA